UAGUUUAGUGCCAUAAUUUACUAUUCCCCCUCCAAAACAAAGUGCCACUCUGAUUCCCAACAAAAGAAAAUGAGGAGCCACUAUUCUUCAUACCGUCCACCAUCCCAUUAUUGAACGUUUGAUCCUCAAAAUCAACAUAUGAUUCACACCUUUGUUACACCGUCCACCCCUUUUACUACCACUUUCUUUCCUAUAUAUAUAAAUCACCUUUGCCUUCAUUACAUCACACAUAAUAUUCUCUUCUUUUUUGUCAUCUAAACUUAGUGAUUGCAUCAAAUAUAGUAAGUACUCACUGAUCAACAACAAUGGCAACCUACUCAAGCUGUGCUUUGAAAACCACCCCUUCUUCCUUCGUGAAACCUGUCACCACUAAACCAACAUCAUUCCUCACACCUUCACCUUCUAUAUCUUUCUCACCCUUCACCUCAUCAAACCACUCUCUCACCAAAAAUCUUAAACUGAACAAUUCUUUGCCACACUUUUGCUUGUCUUCGGUUCCCAAGAAAUCGUUUACUUGUAGAAGCCAGGCUGAGCCUGUUGACUCUGAUAAAGUCCAAGAACUUAGUGUUUAUGAGAUCAACGAACGUGACCGUGGAAGCCCUGUUUAUCUUCGAUUGAGCUAUAAAAGUGUCAAUUCCCUUGGUGAUUUAGUCCCCUUUAGCAACAAGUUGUACACAGGAGAUUUGCAAAAGCGCAUUGGCAUAACAUCUGGUAUAUGCAUUUUGAUCCAAAACAAAGCUGAAAAGAAAGGUGACAGAUAUGAAGCCAUCUUCAGCUUCUACUUUGGAGACUAUGGUCACAUAGCUGUUCAGGGACCUUACCUGACAUAUGAGGACACUUAUUUGGCUGUAACUGGUGGUUCUGGCAUUUUUGAGGGUGUUAAAGGCCAAGUGAAGCUGCAUCAGAUUGUGUAUCCGUUCAAGAUUUUGUACACAUUUUAUCUAAAGGGUAUCAAGGAUUUGCCUCAGGAGCUUAUUGUCAAGACAGUUGAGCCUAUUCCAUCUGUUGAACCUUCACCUGCUGCUAAGGCCCUUGAGCCUAAUGCUACCAUUGCUGGUUUCACUGACUAAGGGAUGAACUUUUUUUUUUUUUUUUUUUUUUAAUUUUCUAAUUUUGUUUUUGUAGUUUGGUUUAAGGUGCUGAAUAAUAAGUGGGGGGUAUGAUGGGUUUUGUAGUGGUGGAGUUUCUAUUUGAUGUAAAGUUUGACAUUAUUCGGUUAGUGGUGUUAAAAAAAAGUGUAAUGUAUAAUGAAAGGAGGUAUGUUUGCCACCUUUUGGCUUGGAAUAAAUUAUUACUGGUUAUAUACCCUUUAAAA